AUGCAGGUGAAUCGCAACAAGAAGUCUGUCGGACUCGCUUUCAACAACCCCACCGGUAUCUCCAUCCUCCAUAGACUAGCCCAAGAGUGCGAUGUCCUCGUCGAAAACUACCUCCCCGGAUCACUCGCCAAGUACCAGCUCGACUACGCGACGCUUGCGAAGCUCAAUCCCUCUCUGAUAUACGCGUCUGUCACCGGCUAUGGGCAAACAGGGCCAUACCGCGACCGCGCGGGCUACGACGUCAUGGUUGAGGCCGAGAUGGGCUUGAUGCAUAUCACUGGCGAGCGCGACGGGCCCCCAGUCAAGGUCGGCGUGGCGGUGACGGAUAUCAUGACCGGGAUGUACACUGCGAUCGGCAUACAAGCAGCGUUGUAUUCGCGGAAAGAGACCGGCUUAGGUCAGUGGAUCGACGCGAGUUUGAGCGACGUACAGGUCGCGGGGUUGGCAAACAUCGCCAGCAGCGCGCUGGUGACAGGGAAGGGCGAUAGCGGACGAUGGGGAACUGCACACGCAACAGUAGUACCUUACCGAGCCUACAAGACAAAAGACACCAACAUCGCAGUCGGCGGCUGCAACGACCGCCUGUACGGCAUUCUCUGCGAUAAGCUACAGCGUCCAGAAUGGAAAACCGAUCCCCGCUUCCUUACGAACGCGCUCCGUGUCAAGCACCGUACCGAGAUCGACACGCUCGUAGAGGCCGAGCUCAUGACCAAGACAACGCAGGAAUGGUUGGAGAUCUUCGAGGGAAGCGGGAUGCCAUACGCAGCUGUCAACGACAUCAAGGGCACGGUCGAGCACGAGCAUGUUCUUGCGCGUAAUAUGAUCGAAGAGGUUGAGCACCCUGCUGUAGGCAAGGUGAAGCUUGUCAAUCAUCCGGUCAAAUAUUCGAGAGCAGAGCCGCGGAUCAGGAGUCCGCCGCCGUUGUUGGGUCAGCAUACGGAUGAGAUAUUGAGGGACGUACUGGGGUACGACGAGGCCGGUAUCAGAGAGCUGAGAGAGAAGAAAGUAGUCGCAUAG